AUGUCGUCAUCGUCGUCUUCUGAAGAUGAACUUCCAAAGAAAGUGAAGGAACAUGAGAAGAAAAAUAAGAGAAAGUCCGAGGCUGUCGAUGAGCCGGAACAAAAGAAGGCGAAAAAGGAAGAAGCGACUGGAAGAUUGAAGGACUCUGAUGGAAACGAGAUGUUUGAAAUCGGAAAUCUUCGUUAUGCAACUGUCAGCAAGUUCAAGGGAAAAGAGUACGUUAACAUCAGAGAGUACUACAUCGACAAAGAGACACAAAAGAUGCAGCCAAGUCGCAAAGGAAUCUCGUUGAGCAAGGCUCAGUGGGCGAACUUGAAGGAUCUCAUUCCAGAAAUCGACAAGAAACUAUAA